AUGACCUGGGCAUUUCUUCUCAGUUGCUCGCAGAAGCGGAUCCUUCUCUCCUAUUGCUCGAUGAAGAGAGGCGACCGGGCGUUCGAGAAACAAGAGUCCAGCUCGCUGACGACAAGUUCACGGGAGCGAGUGAAAGAUUUGCAAGCCGUUCUGGACACGGAUUUCGGACCAGCUCAGAGAGUGAACAUCGAAGCUCUCAUUCACCUAUACGAGAUUGGCAAUCUCCGACCACGCCAGCGAACUGAUCCCCCUGUUUUCCUGGUUUAUGGAGUUCUGAUCUGA